AUGUCUUCAGUAAUUGCUUCUAAUAUUCCCUCCAGCAUCUCAUAUGAGAAGCUUCAAGAGUUCUUCUCUUUCUGUGGAAGUAUAAAAACCAUCAAUUUGGUGUCCAAGGGCGAAAAGACCCUGACAUAUGAAAUCCAUUUUCAGCUGGAAAAGGCAUUGACCACUGCACUUUUGUUGAACGAUGCGGAAUUGAAUGGUGUGUCGAUCAAGGUGGAAGAAAAUAAGGGAGAUGCCCCUCCAAAGUAUGGGGAAUCGGGUGCUUCAAAGGAAGUGAGUGACAACAAGAUUCAAGAUGAAUCCACCACCACUGGUGAUUCCAAGUAUGACGAUAUCAGUCAGGAAGAGAAACCAAAGUAUGCUAUCAUGGCACAAUUGCUUGCUCUGGGAUACCAAGUCUCCGACAACUUGAUUGAAAAGGCAAUUUCUUUUGACAAAGAAAAGGGAUACUCAGGCAAAUUCAAAUCAUUCUUGGCUGACUUGGAUGCCAAGUACAUCCACUCCAGCCAACCAGACUCGACUGCCAACCGUGGAAUCGAAAAGGCUCAGUCUACACUCAACGACUUGACCAACAGUUUCAAUAAGUCAUCUUACCUGUCGCGGCUUUCGCAAUAUUUUGAAAAGGCUGCAAACCAUCCUUAUGGUAUCAAGAUCCACAGAUUUUACGAAAGCUUGGCCAAAGAUGUGCGUGAAGUGCACGAAGAAGCCAAGAGACUCACGGAGCUUAGAAAGGAGCGCGAUGAGCAACGCAAGGUUGACCAAUCUGCCGCCAAUGCCAGUGCCGGUGCUGCAAUCAAUAGUGCCAAUUAG